CGCAGCUUUUUGGACGCUCUCGCUGCUAAAGUCACCCGCCGGCUGCUGUAAUUUGAGUUAUUACUCACGAAAAACCAGCAGUGGCAACGUGCGGCCGGCGAAGGGGCCCAACAAGUGAAAUGCAGCGCUGCUGCCUCCGCAGCCGGCCAGCCACGGUACGCCAGCGCCGCGGCGCCGCCUCGCGCCCGCGCUUCUACAAGCAUACUAGUAUCGAGAGGGACGGCGCCGCCUGGCGCGUGACCCUCGACGCGCGGCCGCUGCCGACGCCCGCGGGCCAGGCGCUGCGCCUCCCGACGGAGCGCCUCGCGCUCGCCAUCGCUGCGGAAUGGGACGCCCAAACCGACAAGAUCGAGCCGGCGGCCAUGCCGCUCAUGGCCCUCGCGUCCACCGCAAUCGACCAGAUCCCGAAGGAGCGGGACCAGACGGAAAAAAAUAUCUUGGCGUACGCGGCCACGGACACGUGCCGCUUCGUCGCCGACGCGGCGCGCGAGCCCGAGGUGCGCCGGCGCCAGGACAAAUACCACGAACCCAUCCUCGCGUGGCUCCGUGAAAAGCACGGCGCUGAGUUGAUACGAGGCGCGCCCGGCGCGUUGCGGGCGCCGCCGACGCCGCCCGAGGCUCUCGACGCCUUGACGACAGCCUGCGCGGCCCUAUCAAACUACCACCUCGCCGCGCUGCAGGCGGCGACCUUCGAGAGCAAGUCGAUCGCGAUUGGUCUGGCGCUCCUCGACUGUGAAAUCGACGCCGAGGGGGCCGAGGCCGCGGCGCGCGUCGAGGAGACGGCGAAUAUCGAGCGGUGGGGCCUCGUCGAGGGCGCGCACGACUACGACCUCGCGCGCGUCCGCGUGCAGCUCGCGUCGGCGGCGUUCUUCGCGGAGGCGACGAGUUAAUUAAUCUUAUUAGGUG